UCUCAUAACUUCGUAAGUUUCAAGUCGCAGAGCAGAGAAGAAAAAUCACAGUCAACAACAAAAAACAGCUUACAAGGGAAAGAGAUCGAGAAAAAAGAGAAGAGACGCCAAUGAAGGGUGAAUUAGAGUUACCACCUGGUUUCAGAUUUCACCCUACCGACGAGGAAUUGGUGAAUCACUACUUGUGUAGGAAAUGUGCUGGACAAUCAAUCGCCGCUCCUAUCAUCAAAGAAAUCGAUUUGUAUAAGUUUGAUCCAUGGCAGCUUCCAGAAAUGGGUGUUUACAGUGAGAAAGAAUGGUACUUUUUUUCUCCAAGGGACCGGAAAUAUCCGAACGGUUCACGGCCGAACCGGGCCGCCGGUAGCGGGUAUUGGAAAGCAACCGGAGCUGACAAACCGAUUGGAAAACCGAAAGCACUUGGGAUUAAGAAGGCACUUGUUUUCUACGCAGGGAAAGCCCCUAAAGGCAUGAAAACCAAUUGGAUUAUGCAUGAAUAUCGCCUUGCCAAUGUUGAUAGAUCAGCCAAAAAGAAAAACAACUUGAGGCUUGAUGAUUGGGUGCUGUGUCGAAUUUAUAAUAAGAAAGGGAAGGUUGAGAAAUACAACAACACGGUACCAAAAUUUUCAGGGGAGGUUCAUGUUAACUAUGAGCAUGAGAAUGAGACGAAGCCAGAAAUCCAUAAAUUCGCGAAUGACCAAUUGUACAUGGACACGUCGGAUUCGGUGCCACGUCUGCACACGGACUCGAGCUGCUCGGAGCACGUGGUUUCACCGGAUGUCACGUGCGACAGGGAGGUUCAGAGCGAGCCAAAGUGGAAUGAACUGGAGCUACAGCUAGAUGACACGUUAUUUGAUUUUCAGUUCAAUUACUUGGAUGAUAAUAACCUGUCGGUGGAUGACCCUUUUGGCACUCAGGCCCAGGCCCAGGCCCAGUACCAGAUCAACCAGCUCUCGCCAUUGCAGGACAUGUUCAUGUUCCUACAGAAGCCAUUUUAAUGGGGCCAUGUUUAGUGUUAUUGCCUAGGUGUAACGAGUAACGACCACCCAUAGAAAAAUUCUUGUUC